ACAUCUCUAUAAAACAUCAGCUGAAUCUCUACUUGUAGACAUAUGACUGUAGGUCCCCAACUCAGCAGGCAGGCAAAGACUUUAGAAGACUGCUGCAGCCCGUCCAUCUUUAGGUGGUGGGAUUCCCCAUCAGGUGGGGUUAUAGUGAUGGAGAGGCCUGAUGAUGAGGAGUCACUAGGUGGGGUUAUAGAGGUGGAGAGUACUGAUGAUGAGGAGUCACUAGGUGGUGUUAUAGAGGUGGAGAGUACUGAUGAUGAGGAGUCACCAGGUGGGGUUAUAGAGGUGGAGAGGCCUGAUGAUGAGGGGUCACCAGGUGGGGUUAUAGAGGUGGAGAGGCCUGAUGAUGAGGAGUCACCUGGUGAGGUUAUAGAGGUGGAGAGGCCUGAUGAUGAGGAGUCACUAGGUGGGGUUAUAGAGGUGGAGAGUACUGAUGAUGAGGAGUCACUAGUUGGGGUUAUAGAGGUGGAGAGGCCUGAUGAUGAGGAGUCACCUGGUGAGGUUAAUGAGGUGGAGAGGCCUGAUGAUGAGGAGUCACCUGGUGAGGUUAUAGAGGUGGAGAGGCCUGAUGAUGAGGAGUCACUAGGUGGGGUUAUAGAGGUGGAGAGGCCUGAUGAUGAGGAGUCACCUGGUAAGGUUAUAGAGGUGGAGAGGCCUGAUGAUGAGGAGUCACCUGGUGAGGUUAUAGAGGUGGAGAGUACUGAUGAUGAGGAGUCACUAGGUGAGGUUAUAGAGGUGGAGAGGCCUGAUGAUGAGCAGUCACCUGGUGGGAUUAUAGAGGUGGAGAGGCCAGAUGAUGAGCAGUCACCUGGUGGGAUUAUAGAGGUGGAGAGGCCUGAUGAUGAGCAGUCACCUGGUGGGAUUAUAGAGGUGGAGAGGCCAGAUGAUGAGCAGUCACCUGGUGGGAUUAUAGAGGUGGAGAGGCCUGAUGAGGCAUCACCAGGUGGGUUUGUAGAGGUGGAGCGGCCAGAUGAUGAGGGGUCACCAGGUGUGGUUGUAGAGGUGGAGAGGCCAGAUGAUGAGGGGUCACCAGGUGGGGUUAUAGAGGUGGAGAGGCCUGAUGAUGAGGAGUCACCUUGUGGGGUUAUAGAGGUGGAGAAGCCUGAUGAUGAGUCGUCACCUGGUGGGGUUAUAGAGGUGGAGAGGCCUGGUGAUGAGGCAUCACCUAGUGCGACAGGUGGUGAAUGGGGCGGCAGAGACACCACACCGGUUCACAACACUGGCACUGCUGGUGACAUGGCAGCACUACGAGCACCAGGAGCCAAUCUACAGGGUGUCAUGUUCAAUCAACCGCAGCAACAGCAGUCAAUGCAACAAGCAGUGCAGCAACAGAUACAGCAGCAGUUCGGCCAUCUACAGGAGGAGGUGCAGAAAGGAAAGACAAAGGAACAGUGUGUUGUGACCCCUCUGCCAGCAGCAAACCCAGACACUUUGACAAGACCAGCUCCUCAGUCCCUAGACCCAGCAGAGGAGGUAUUAGGUGAACACCUUGACAAGAAGGAGGAAGCAGAGAUGAAAUCGGAAGAGGUCCAACAGCCUUUGUCCAAAGCCAAUGAUGAGACAAAACCAGAGACAGAUGGCUCCUCAGGAGGAAACAGAGAAACAACCAGAGGCCAAUCCGAGGUGUUAGAUCAACACGUUGUCAAGAAGGAUGAGGCAGAGAGGCCCGAUCCAGAGAUUUCAGCCCCAUACCUUUCCAAUCCAGAGAAGGGCUUGAAAGAAAAGACUCACCAGGGAGAACAGGGAGAACAAACGAAAUGUGAAGAGGAAGAACCACUGUCACAAGCCAUAGAUGAGCCAAAACCAGAAGAAGGUUCCUCAAGAGGAAACAUAAAAACAACCCAAGUUAUCCCUGCUCCAGACCAGCUGAAUGUUGACCCAGUGGACACCACAUCAGCUGCUGUUAGCUGGAGCCAGCCACCAGGAUUGGACCAAACCCAACAUCAUUACCAGAUCUCCUACCACUGUGCAGGGACAGAACCACACAUCACUACCACAUCUUCACACAGCAUCACUCUGUCUGACCUGCAAUGUGGUACUCAGUACUCUGUCACUGUCUGCACUGUGCUGGAAAAUGGAAAGCAAAGUCAGUUGGUGUCAACAACCCUCACCACAGAUUCCACUUGGCUUUGGAUAUUGUGGCUUAUAUGGACUACUGUCCGUUCCCUCCUGCCCUUUAUAGGCCAGCAGUCAGUACUCCCUGCUCCAGACCAGCUGACUGUUGACUCAGUGGACACCACAUCAGCUGCUGUUAGCUGGAGCCAGCCACCAGGAUUGGACCAAACCCAACAUCAUUACCAGAUCUCCUACCACUGUCCAGGGACAGAACCACACAUCACUACCACAUCUUCACACAGCAUCACUCUCUCUGACCUGCAAUGUGGUGCUCAGUACUCUGUCACUGUCUGUACUGUGGUGGAAAAUGGAAAGCAAAGUCAACUGGUGUCAACAACCCUCACCACAAUACUUCCUGCUCUAGACCAGCUGACUGUUAAAUCAGUAGACUCCACAUCAGCUGCUGUUAGCUGGAGCCAGCCACCAGGAUUGGACCAAACCCAACAUCAUUACCAGAUCUCCUACCACUGUCCAGGGACAGAACCACACAUCACUACCACGUCCUCACACAGCAUCACUCUCUCUGACCUGAAACCUGCUACUGAAUAUUCAGUCACUGUCUGUACUGUCCUGGAAAAUGGGGAGCAAAGUCAACUGGUGUCAACAACCCUCACCACAAGAUCCUGUCUGAGGGAGCUGUUGUCAAAGACUGGACUAGAAGAUCAUUAUGAAAACAAGCUGGCGUUAAGUACUGUCCUUGAGAUAAAUGAUAAUACUACAUCAGAUGAACCUCUUACCACUAUGCAGUCACUUCCAGGGGCCUUCCUUAAGAAAUUAAUGAUGGCAAAUGUGAAUGCUAGGAGUGUGAAAUGUCUGACCACUGACCAGGAUGUUUCCUAUUAUGGUGUAGACAACCUAGACACUGACUCUGAUACUAGCGAUGUCAUUAAUCCACUGGACUUGAUAACUGCUCUGUUUCUGUGCUCAGAUGUUUUUUUGCAGCAGGAGAUGGUCCAGAAAAUGUCAAUGUGUCAGUUUGCUGUUCCUCUCCUGCUGCCCAACUGUGACACAAAACAAUGCACUUUAAUGCUGUGGGCCUUGAGGGACAUAGUGAGGAAGUUUAGACCCUCUUCACAAACAGACUCAAAGGCUUUUGUGGAGGAGAGAAUUGUACUCUCUGAUAUUCCUAUGGUGUCCUUUGUUAGGCUAGGAGAGAGUAGCUUGUCCAAGUCUCAGAUCUUGAACAAGUUUCUUAGUAACCCUCAACAGUACCAUGACACAUUUAUUCAUCAUGAUAUGGAAUGUGGAGAAGCAUCUCGACAAAUCUCAGAUGGACUGGUUGAAAUCAGCUGGUACUUUCCAUGUGGGAACAGAAACAUAGACAUGUUCACUAAGCCUGUGGCAGUGGCCAAUCUCAGAGGAGACAUCAGGUCCUUUGAAACACAGUUCUCCUUUCUGUGUCAAACAUCAGUGGCAGUUUACAUUUUCAGUGAUGAUUUAGAGGCCGAUUUCUUCAAGGUCUUGAAAAGCAAAAAAACAAAGGCAGAGUUAUUUCUGGUUGUCAACUGUCAGAGAAAUAUGUUCAGAGUAGACACCUUGAAAAGAAUGAUCAGCAACGGCAGUAUCAAAGAAACAAAUGUGAUUGUGAAGAAGAAGCAGAAUGAUGCAGAAUUUGUCAAAACCCUGCAGUCAUCUGUGGGUGACGUCAUCGGAAAAAGUCCAAACCGUUUGACAAUUGAAAACAUGGUUGACGUGGCUCAUCAGAUGGGGAUUUGGGUUGAUGAAGACUGUGGUGAGUGUCAGAGUGCCAGGAAGAUGGCAGAUGAAAUCACCAGGAACAUCAAAGACACAAAUGAAUUCAAAGACCAACAGCUACAAUUACAAGGGCAAAUCUGGAAAGAGCUUUCCCAGUUGGAGAAAGAGAGAUGUAGGCUUAGAAAAGCAGGGGAUCAAGACAUUGAACAUUACAAGAGCUCUCUGAAGAAAAAUGAGGAAGAGCUGAGAAAGAAACAAUAUACAUUUGACAUAUCAGAUGCAAUGGCAAGAUUCAUUUUAGGAUUGUCUAGUUCAGGAGCUGAGCGUUCCUAUUUCCUCAAAUGGAUGCGGAUAAAUCUGGACAAUCUGUCAAGGCAGAACCUAUCUGGAUUGCGGGAACAGUACAAAGAUCUUUGCCAACAUUAUCCGGAGAAAAAAGACAACAUUAACCUGUUGGGGCUAGGGGGCAGUAUUUUCACGGCUGGAUAAAAAAACGUACCCGAUUUAAUCUGGUUACUAAUCCUACCCAGUAACUAGAAUAUGCAUAUACUUAUUAUAUAUGGAUAGAAAACACCCUAAAGUUUCUAAAACUGUUUGAAUGGUGUCUGUGAGUAUAACAGAACUCAUUUGGCAGGCAAAACCCUGAGACAUUUUCUGACAGGAAGUGGAUACCUGAUGUGUUGAAUUACCUUUAAGCCUAUGCCAU